GCCUUGCAGCACCGCUGGUCAGCCCAGCUUCCUUGCCAAAGUGGGCACACCCAGAGCCAGGGUGUAGGGCUCCUUCCUUGCUCAUUAAAAACCAAUGAGUCUGAGGCCAGCUUCCUAGAGCACUUAGAUUCUGCUAGAGCUGAGUCUCUGAACCCAGAAAACAGAACACUACAGGAGACAGUUGCUGAGAGCCUCCUUUUCACCUCCUUUGAUACACCUUGUCUUCCUCACAGAAUGCGAUCACCUCAAGAGGGCAACCAAGAAUUUCAGGCGACUCCCAAUCACUAUGACAUUCGUGAUACCCAACAGAUGGUAUGGAUCCUGAGUGGAAAUACACUAGUAGCAGUUCCAUCUAGCAACAAUGUGGAGCCUGUCACUCUUGCAAUAAUAGCAUGUAGAGACAUGGAAUACCGUGAUGAAGAAAAAGGCAAUCUGGUUUAUCUGGGAAUCAAGGACAAAAAUCUUAGUCUCUACUUCACAGAAACUGAGGGCAGGCCUACUUUGCAGCUUAAGGAGAUCAACAUCAUGGACCUGUACUGGGAGAAAACAUCACAAAAGCCUUUUCUCUUUUUCCACAGUAGGGAAGGCUCUACCUCUGCCUUUCAGUCUGUCGCCUACCCUGGUUGGUUCAUAGCCACCUCCUCUGUGCCAAAUCAACCUAUCUUCCUCACCCAAGAAAGGGGUUUAAAUAACAGCACCAACUUCUAUUUAGAUCCUAAAAAUUAAAUCCAAUCUGGGCUGUGGAUGGCUAAUUCCAAGACAGAGGAUCAAUCUUUUAUUUGAAAACACAGUAACUUAUUUUAAAAGACCUGUAAGGCCCUGGCGAGGUCAUCAGCAUUUCAGCCCUCCCAUAGCCCACCCCAUUGUGACUGUCCCAACACUACCUCCUCCUUCAGGUAUUCGUUUCUGCACCACGUCCCUCACUUGAACAUCACAUCAGUGGGAAGCCUAAGAGUCACUCUCAUUCUUUCCUGACCUUGUCCUCUCAUCUGUUCAGCUACCAAGUUCAUUUCAAUGAACUGAUAUGUUUUUCAUGCAUGCUACCUUCCUAUUCCUAUGCCAACCCAGAGGUGGGAAUCCCAAAUGAUCUUCUUUACACAAUUAUAUCAGUAUAAUAACAUUAUUUAUUAAUUUCAUACAUGAUUUGUAAACUUUAUGACACAUACAAAAAGUCUAAGGAACAAGAUGAGUAUAAAAUCAAAAUUUACAUGUCUUAAAUAUCAUGGUGGAUUCAUAAUAUCAUAAAUAAACAUUUUGACAUGCAGUAUUA